AUUUGGUGAAUUUCGUGAAAAUUGAGGGUAUUUCAUAAAAAAAUCUGUAAUUAGAACAUAACCGAAACUGGAAGAAAACAGGCAAGAAGAACUAGAGAAAGACGGAAAGAAAUCCAAGACUCAAAGUUAGGGAUGUACGGCGGGUCCCAUAAAUUCGGCCGAGGCGGCGGAGCACGUGGCGGUGCUUCCGCUAACAAGCGAAACUCAUACCCUCCACCGCCCCCUCAACGUCCCUCCUCUGCUGGACGGCCUUCUCUAUCCUCCCGCAUACCGCCAUCGUCUUCGGCGGCGACUCCUCCGCCGGCGACUCAAUCUGAGGAAUCCUUCAGCCUCGUCCCCGGAAAUCCUCUCUCCUUCACCGCCAUCAUUCGCCUCGCUCCUGACCUCAUUGAUGAGAUCAAGCGCGUGGAGACUCAAGGUGGUGCUGCUCGGAUUAAAUUUGAUUCUAACCCUAAUAAUCCUCCCGGCAAUGUUAUUGAUGUGGGUGGCAAGGAAUAUCGAUUUACAUGGUCUCAUGAAAUGGGCGGCCUUUGUGACAUCUAUGAAGAACGUCAGAGUUGUGAAGAUGGUAAUGGUUUACUUGUUGAAUCUGGAUGUUCAUGGCGCAAGCUGAAUGUGCAGCGUGUUUUAGACGAGUCCACUAAGAAGCAGGUCAAGAAGCGAUCAGAAGAAUAUGAGCAAAAACUCAAAUCACGCAAGGCUAUCGUCUUGGACCAAUGCAAUCCCUCUAUGAAGAGUCAAAUGCAAGCAUUAGCUGCUGCUGAGGCUAGUCCAUGGAAGUCAAAACCAAAAAACAAGAGAUUUUUUGAGCCAUCACAAGUCAGUGGACAUCCUAAGCCUGUGAAGUCAACUACUGUAUCCUCCUCAACUGCUACUGCAAAAGGAAGGCAGUCAACUUCACCUCUGCCUUCACCCCAGAAUCAGUCUGUUCCUUUGACAUCUGCUUUUGUAAGAAGAACUGCAACUGAAAGUCAAAUCGUUGCAGAGAAUCCAACAACUAACCAAACAAGGGAAAAGGAAAAUGCUGUUAGCUCUGGGAAUGUUUUCCCUUCCCAGGUUUCCGGCGGGAUGCUAGAAGCAGUAGUGCCCAGGGAUCAAGGAGCUGGAAUAUCGGAUCUGUGGAACUUGCUUGUAACACUGCUGAAAGAGAGUCCAAAAGGAAUGAGUAUAAAGGCGUUGGAGAAAGCUGUUGGAGAUAUGACUUCUAACUCUCUUCGCAAGAUUGAGCCGAUUCUUAAGAAAAUUGCAACUUGUGAACCUUCUGGAAGAUAUAUUUUGAAGUCGGGUGUGGAGCUGGAAAGCUUGAAGAGGUCAUAUUCUGAUAUUGGGAGCUCUCCUGAAGACAAUAACCAGAAGCAGUUUGUUCCAGAAGAUAAUCAUGGUGGAGUACCGGCUCCAGACUCAGGAAUUGCAGGGAAAUCCCCAGCUCAGGAUGUGGAGGAACAAGUACAAAUAUUAGAUGAAGAGUUAAAUGUGAUUGAGAAAUUUGAUGCCUCACAACAAUUCACCGAUUUAUUUGGUGAUGAUGAACCCCUUGACAACAACGAAGGACAAGCCGUGAGAACUAAUGACAAUAAAUGUGAGAGUGAUAGUGAUAGUGGAAGUAGUGAUAGUGGCAGCGAUAGUGCAAGCCGAAGUAGAAGCCCUGCAGGAAGUGGGAGUGCUAGUAGCAGUGAUAGUGACGGUGAUGAUUCUUCUUCCCACAGCAAAGAGGCAUCUGAUGUGGAUGUUGAUAUAAUGAGUGACGAUGAUAAAGAACCCAGGAAUUUACUAGGUACUGAACAUGGGUUAUCUACAGCACCUGUUCCAUGGAGUAUGCCUGAAGUGAUGCCCCUACAAGAUGGAAGAAAUGGAGAUCAAGAUGGCUAUGCAUCUGAGGAUGUUGAUAUUGAGAACGAUUUUCCUGAUGAUAAUGUAUCUCAGCUGGCAACAGCCCCUCGCAAUCUUGGUAUAAUUACUGAGAAAUUGAGGACUGUUUCACCAGACCAUGAUCAAAAUCAACCAUGUAAUAAGGCGGAUGUUAUUACUGAGCACGAUGUUGGAGAUGAAUUUCAACGUGAGAAUCACAGUUUUGCUAAGUCUGGAGGUAAAUCCAAAAGAGGAUCUAAUUUGAUCCAGUUUGAGCAUAAUGGUGACCAUGACAAUAGAUUUAAAGAAAAUUCUGCUCAGCCGUCAAUGUCUAGGCAUAUCUUGGGGAGUCCGCCGAAACAUUUUGCUGACUUAAUAAAUGAAGACAUUCAUGAGAGCCAAAACUUGCAAAAAUCAAAACAGCCCAACAGGGAUGAUAGUGCUAACGCACAUUUAGGCGUGCAGAAUGGAUAUAACUAUGUUGUUCCCAGUAAAUCUGCUGUCGAGUCACUACAGUCUGGUCGAAGGCCUGCUGCACGUUCCUACAAUACUGAACCUAUUGAUAAAGCUGUGAAGAAUCCUUCAAAUUUGGGAGUAGAAUUAAAAUUCCAGAAGCCUAAUUCUUCUACACAAGAAGGUUAUUCGAAACACGAAGAUAAGGAUUACGGAGAGGCACAGGAUGAAGAGGAUGGCUCAAAUGAGAAAGUAAAUGGGAAGUAUAAAGAAAGUCCUCGUGGUCAGAAGCACUCAUUACGGCCGGAGUCCCACCACAGAAAGCAUAGUGAAUGGGAUAAAAAUUCCCAUUCACUUGGGACUUCUUCGAGGUUGCGCACGGGGUCUUCACUGAAGGAUAGUGGCAAGGCUGAGUUUGACCGGUCUCCUGCUGACAGAAGAUUGCUCCAUAGAGAACUAUCAGACCUGGAGUUGGGCGAACUUCGUGAGCCCUUGCCUGAGGAACCAGCAGGGAAUAAAAGGCAGUUUGAUAGAUUAGGCUCCUUCAGGCAAUCAGAGACAGAAUUAGGAACCUCAGUGUCUCGGAAUCCAGAGUUGAAGAGCAAAUCUACUAGCAAGCCAAUCGUGGAUUCAGGAAACACUUCCCCUCCCGAUGCAAGAGGAGCUCCUAAUAUUUCUUACAGUUCUUCCAGGAGAAGGUCUCUAGAGCCGCAUGUUGAAGAUAAUUAUCGGCCUCAUGGGGAUUUACAAUCACAGCUACAACAGUCGAGGAGUGGUCAAGCUGAAGUUGGCUCCCUCCCUAUCAAAGUAGUGGAUCAUAGCAGAUCGGGGUACACUGAAAAUGUUGCUAAUCAAGGAACCGAGGCUGAAGGUUAUGGAGAAACACACAAAAAGUCACAAAUUAACUCACAACGUGAAGACUCCAGACAAGAAAUUGGUUCACGUAAGGGGAAAGGAAGUAAGUCAAGAAAAUCUAACGCAUCAAAAGAUGCUAAUGAUUUGACCAAAAAGAAAAAAGAUGCUAGUGAUUUGACCAAAAAGAAAAAACAUGGUAGUGAGAGAAGAAGAGAUGUUCCAAGUACCCAAGGUGUUACAAAUAAGCGCAAAAGGAGUGAAUCCUUUUCGGAUGAAAAUACUUCAUACUUUAAGUAUGAAAAGGAAGAGCCAGAACUCAAGGGACCAAUUGAAAGUUUCUCUCAGUAUAAAGAAUACGUGCAGGAGUACCGUGAGAAGUAUGAAAGUUACUGUUCCCUGAUCAAGAUCUUGGAGAGCUACAGGAAUGAGUUUCAGAAGUUGGGGAUGGACCUUGACAGUGCUAAAGGUACAGAGACAUAUUACGACAUUUUGGCACAGCUGAGAGAAAGUUAUAACCGGUGUGGAAUGCGGCAUAAACGACAAAAGAAACUAUUUCUUGUGCUUCAUGAAGAGUUGAAGCAUCUGAAGCGGAUGAUUAUGGACUUUGCCUCAGACAUAAGGGAUUAAAUUUGGCUACUAAGCUCAAUCAUCAAUUUUCCAUGUUCAAGCCCGUUUGCAAAUUUUCCUGUUGAUCAUUUUUGGGAUAUAAUUGCAAAUUUGCAAUGCCGGUGGAACCACAAUGAACUUCAGAGUAUAUAAUCGAAGAUGACCUGAGCACGGACAUUAAAUGGCCUGUUCAGUUAAGGAUUUCACGUCAUUGUGCAUUUCUGCGGAAGGAGAUAAGGCAAAAGGCUCGUAAGAUUAAAUAGCUGUAUAUGUAGAUUAUAUAUGUGAUAUAGGAUGAACAAAGUGAACUGAUUUCUUUUCGAGAUAAGUUCUCGAUUUGUACUCAUUUUUGGCUCUUGUGGAAAUAAAUAUCAGUAAUUUAGUUGUAUGAUGAUA